ACGGGGAGACGCGCGACACACGCACUUUCUCUCUCCCUUGCCUCGACCUGCUCCUCUGGCUUGGCUCGUCAGAAGCCCGGUUCCUGCGGAAGGGGGCAAAGCACAAGCCGGAGAAAGAAGGGGGCCUAAGGCCGAAGGACGACCCCCUCCCAACACACCCCUCUCGGAUGUUACAUUUCCUCCCACUUCCAGCCGGCCCCUUCGCUGCUUCUCUGAUUUCUGGAUCCGAUUUUCACCCUGUCCCGUUUGGGGAGGAUUGCUUCGCCUCUGGCUCCGAGAAGGAAACUCGGUGAAGAGCCGGGGAGGGGAGAAAGCAGAAAGAGAGAGGAGGUGAGCGACGCCCCCCGCCCCACCCCACCCACCGGCCCGUCCGCAAGGGCUGGUCAGUUUCGCCGCCGCCGCCGCCACUUGGUCAAUUUCACCUCGCCCCCGGCAAGGGCGGGUCAAUUUCACGCGUCCGCGAAGCGCGUUCGCAGCGGGGCGCUUCUCGUCCCGCGCCUGCUCUCCGGAGCGAGCCUCUCCCCGACGCCGAGCAGCCCCCUUCGCCGGCCCGCCAGAGCCCCACGAUGAACAGCAACAGUUACUACGACCAGCCGCCCCAAACUUACUACCAGGGCGAGGAGCAGGAGGAGAUGCCGGCCACCGAGAAGGACCUGGCCGAGGACGCGCCCUGGAAGAAGAUCCAGCAGAACACCUUCACGCGCUGGUGCAACGAGCACCUCAAGUGCAUGAACAAGCGCAUCGGGGACCUGCAGAAGGACCUGGGCGACGGCCUGAAGCUCAUCGGCCUCCUCGAGGUCCUGAGCCAGAAGAAGAUGUACCGCAAGUACCACGCGCGCCCCAACUUCAGGCAGAUGAAGCUGGAGAACGUCUCGGUGGCCUUGGAGUUCUUGGACCGGGAGCACAUCAAGCUGGUCUCCAUCGACAGCAAGGCCAUCGUGGACGGCAACCUGAAACUCAUCCUGGGCCUGAUCUGGACCCUGAUCCUGCACUACUCCAUCUCCAUGCCCAUGUGGGAGGACGAAGACGAGGAAGAUGCCAAGAAGCAGACGCCCAAGCAGCGACUUCUGGGCUGGAUCCAGAACAAGGUCCCACAGCUGCCCAUCACCAACUUCAACCGGGACUGGCAAGAUGGCAAGGCCCUGGGUGCCCUGGUGGACAACUGCGCUCCAGGCCUGUGCCCAGACUGGGAGACCUGGGAUCCCAACCAGCCGGUGGAGAAUGCCCGGGAAGCGAUGCAGCAGGCGGACGACUGGCUGGGGGUGCCCCAGGUGAUAGCCCCAGAAGAGAUUGUGGACCCCAAUGUGGACGAACACUCGGUCAUGACCUACCUGUCUCAGUUCCCCAAAGCCAAGCUGAAACCUGGAGCCCCGCUGCGCUCAAAGCUGCUCAACCCCAAGAAGGCCAAGGCCUACGGGCCAGGCAUCGAACCCCAUGGCAACACGGUGCUGAAGCCUGCCCAUUUCACAGUGGAAACCAUCGAGGCUGGCUUGGGAGAAGUGCUGGUCUAUAUUGAAGACCCCGAAGGACACACGGAAGAGGCCAAAGUGGUGGCGAACAAUGACAAGAACCGGACGUAUUCCGUCUCCUAUGUGCCUAAGGUGGCGGGCCUGCAUAAGGUCACAGUUCUCUUUGCUGGGCAGAACAUUGACAAAAGCCCCUUCGAGGUCAACGUGGGCAUGGCGCUGGGCGAUGCCAACAAGGUGACAGCCCGAGGCCCAGGCUUGGAGCCCGUGGGCAACGUGGCCAACAAGCCCACCUAUUUUGACAUCUACACAGCAGGUGCGGGGACAGGCGAUGUGGGUGUGGUCAUCGUGGACCCCCAGGGCCGGCGUGACACUGUGGAGGUGGUCUUGGAGUCCAAAGGCGAUAGCAUUUUCCGGUGCACUUACCGGCCCAUCCUGGAGGGUCCGCACACCAUCUAUGUCACCUUUGCUGGAGCUCAGAUCCCCAAAAGCCCCUUUACAGUCAACGUGGCGGAAGCGCUGCCUCCCCCGCCUCCGCCCGGCGUCUCCCCAAUUCAGAUCAUCCCUCAGGCCAUCUGCACCCCACCCGCUGACAAGGGCAAGAAAAUCCCACCCCCCACAUUGCCCAAGCCGCGUAAACCAACUUGCAGCCCAAAUGCCUGCCGGGCAAUGGGCCGUGGACUGCAGCCAAAGGGGGUGCGCGUGAAGGAGGUGGCUGAUUUCAAGGUCUACACAAAAGGAGCCGGCACUGGGGACCUGAAAGUCACAGUCAAGGGACCAAAAGGCACUGAGGAGCCAGUGAAGGUCCGAGACGUUGGCGAUGGGGUGUACGAGUGUGACUAUUACCCUGUAGUGCCCGGGAAGUACGUGGUGUCCAUUACGUGGGGAGGCUAUGCUAUCCCAAGGAGUCCUUUUGAGGUGCAAGUGGGGCCGGAGGCUGGAGUGCAGAAGGUCAGGGCUUGGGGGCCAGGCUUGGAGACCGGCAUGGUGGGAAAGUCCGCAGAUUUUGUCGUGGAGGCGAUUGGCACGGAAGUGGGCACGCUGGGCUUCUCCAUCGAAGGCCCCUCCCAGGCCAAAAUUGAGUGCGAUGACAAAGGGGAUGGGUCUUGCGAUGUUCGCUAUUGGCCCACAGAGCCAGGCGAGUAUGCUGUGCACGUGAUCUGUGAUGACGAGGACAUCAAGGACAGCCCCUUCAUUGCCCACAUCCUGCCUGCCACCAAUGAAUACUUCCCUGAGAAGGUGAAAGCUUUUGGUCCUGGCCUGGAGCCCGUCGGCUGCAUUGUGAACAAGCCCGCAGAGUUCACCAUCGACGCCAGAGGGGCAGGCAAAGCUGAGCUCAAGAUCUAUGCUCAGGAUGCCGAAGGCGUGCCCAUUGACAUCAAGAUCAAAGACAAUGGCGACCACACCUUCUCGUGCGUCUACGUCCCCACCAAGCCCAUCAAGCACACCAUCAUCAUCAGCUGGGGGGGCGUCAACAUUCCCAAGAGCCCCUUCCGGGUCAGCGUCGGUGAGGGGAGCCAUCCCAACAAAGUCAAGGUGUAUGGCCCCGGAGUCGAGAAGACGGGGCUGAAGGCCAACGAGCCGACCUAUUUCACAGUCGAUUGCAGCGAGGCUGGGCAAGGGGACGUGAGCAUCGGCAUCAAAUGCGCACCAGGCGUGGUGGGGCCGUUGGAGGCUGACAUUGAUUUUGACAUCAUCAAGAACGACAACGACACCUUCACCGUCAAGUACACACCGCCUGGCCCGGGGCGCUACACCAUCAUGGUUCUCUUUGCCAACCAGGAAAUCCCCAUCAGCCCCUUCCACAUCAAAGUGGACCCCUCCCACGAUGCCAGCAAGGUGAAGGCCGAAGGGCCUGGGCUCAACCGGACAGGUGUGGAAGUCGGGAAGCCCACCCACUUCACGGUGUUCACCAAAGGGGCUGGCAAAGCCAAGCUGGACGUGCACUUUGCGGGAGCCACCAAGGGUGAAGUUGUGCGAGACUUUGAGAUCAUCGACAACCACGACUACUCUUACACUGUCAAGUACACGGCUGUGCAACAGGGCAACAUGGCAGUGACGGUCACCUACGGUGGAGACCCCAUCCCGAAGAGCCCCUUCCCAGUUAAUGUGGCUCCGCCUCUCGAUCUCAGCAAGGUCAAAGUGCAAGGACUCAACAGCAAGGUGGACGUGGGCCGUGACCAGGAAUUUACCAUCAACACGAAGGGGGCAGGUGGGCAAGGCCAGGUGGACGUGAAGAUCAGCUCCCCCUCUCGGCGCCCUAUCCCCUGCAAAGUAGAGACUGGCACCACCAACGACAUCCACUCCGUCAAGUACAUGCCACCCGAAGAGGGGCCUUACAAGGUGGAUAUCACUUACGAUGGACACCCUGUGCCGGGCAGCCCCUUCUCGGUUGAGGCUGUCAUGCCCCCGGACCCAUCCAAGGUGUGUGCCUAUGGUCCGGGGCUGAAGGGUGGCUUUGUCGGGAAGCCAGCGCCUUUCACCAUCGACACCAAAGGGGCUGGCACUGGGGGGCUCGGUUUGACUGUGGAGGGCCCCUGUGAAGCCAAGAUCGAGUGCCAAGACAACGGCGAUGGCUCGUGCUCCGUCUCUUACCUUCCCACGGAGCCUGGCGAAUAUGCCAUCAACAUCCUCUUUGCGGACGCCCACAUCCCUGGGUCACCCUUCAAGGCUGACAUCAAGCCCGUCUUCGACCCGUCCAAGGUGACGGCCAGUGGGCCUGGCCUAGAGCACGGGAAGGUGGGUGAGGUGGCUACUUUCAUGGUGGACUGCUCCAAGGCGGGCGACGCUGAACUGACCAUUGAGAUCAUCUCUGACUCGGGGGUCAAGGCCGAGGUGCUCAUCCAAAACAAUAGCGACGGGACCUACAGCAUCACCUAUAUUCCCUCCUUCCCCGGCACCUACACCAUCACCAUUAAAUAUGGCGGACAUGCCGUGCCCAAAUUCCCUGCCCGCGUCAACGUUGACCCUGCUGUGGACACCAGCAACGUCAAGGUCUUUGGGCCAGGAGUGGAACCACGAGGUGUUCUGCGUGAGGUCACCACUGAGUUCACGGUGGACGCUCGCUCACUCACCAAGACUGGUGGCAGCCACAUCAAGGUGCGCGUCAUCAACCCCUCCGGUGCCAAGACAGACACGUAUAUCACUGACAAUGGGGACGGCACCUACCGUGUCCAGUACACACCCUACGAGGAUGGUGUGCACCUUGUGGAAGUGACUUACGAUGACGUGCCGGUGCCCAAGAGCCCCUUCCGGGUGGGCGUCACCGAGGGCUGUGACCCCAGCCGCGUACGCGCCUACGGCCCUGGCCUUGAGGGAGGGCUGGUGAACAAGUCGAACCGCUUCACCGUGGAAACCAGGGGUGCAGGGACUGGUGGCCUCGGCUUGGCUAUUGAGGGCCCGUCGGAGGCCAAAAUGUCAUGCAAGGAUAACAAAGAUGGGAGCUGCAGCGUGGAGUACAUACCGUUCACCCCGGGUGACUACGAUGUCAACAUCACCUUUGGAGGGCGCCCCAUACCUGGGAGUCCUUUCCGUGUUCCUGUUAAGGACGUGGUUGACCCUGGCAAGGUGAAGUGCUCAGGCCCCGGGCUGGGAGCAGGCGUGAGAGCACGCGUCCCCCAGACCUUCACCGUUGACUGCAGCAAAGCUGGUCUUGCUCCCCUGGAAGUGAUGGUCCUGGGACCCUCAGGGGUGGCUGAGCCAGUGGAGGUGCGCGACAAAGGGGACGGCACUCAUGCUGUGAACUACACUCCUGCCACAGAUGGGCCGUACACCGUGUCAGUCAAGUAUGGUGGGCAAGAGGUGCCCCGCAGCCCAUUCAAGAUCAAGGUCCUCCCGGCCCAUGACGCAAGCAAAGUGCGAGCCAGUGGGCCCGGCCUCAACGCCUCCGGCAUUCCCGCCAGCCUUCCCGUGGAGUUCACCAUUGAUGCCCGUGACGCUGGUGAGGGGCUGCUCACCGUACAGAUCCUGGACCCCGAGGGCAAACCCAAAAAGGCGAACAUUCGGGACAAUGGAGAUGGGACCUACACUGUCUCUUACGUGCCGGACAUGACCGGACGCUAUACCAUCACCAUCAAAUAUGGCGGCGAUGAGAUUCCGUACUCUCCCUUCCGCAUCCACGCCCUUCCUGCUGGGGACGCCAGCAAGUGCCUUGUCACAGUGUCCAUAGGAGGCCACGGAUUGGGGACCUGCCUGGGCCCCACCAUCCAGAUUGGGGAGGAGACGGUGAUCACCGUGGAUGCCAAGGCAGCAGGGAAAGGGAAGGUGACCUGCAAAGUGUCCACGCCGGAUGGGGCCGAGCUUGACGUUGACGUGGUGGAGAACCAUGACGGCACCUUUGACAUCUACUACACUGCCCCCGAGCCCGGCAAAUACGUCAUCACCAUCCGCUUCGGUGGCGAGCAGAUCCCCAACAGCCCCUUCCACGUGGUGGCCUGUGACACCGUCCCCCAAGUCGAGGAGCCCUGCGACAGCAUCCAGCUCCAGCAGCCCUUCUCGGUUCACCAUGCGGGUGGUGGCUACCCCGCCCAAUGGGCCACGGAUGAGCCCGUCGCCCCUCCAGAGACGGUGGAUUCCAUGCUGCGCCCUUUCAACCUGGUCAUUCCCUUCACUGUGCAGAAGGGGGAGAUCACAGGUGAGGUACGAAUGCCCUCCGGCAAGACUGCACGUCCUCACAUCACCGAUAACAAGGAUGGCACUGUGACGGUGAAAUAUGCCCCCGUGGAGAAGGGUCUGCAUGAGAUGGACAUCAAAUAUGACGGCAACCAUAUCCCAGGGAGCCCACUUCAGUUCUACGUGGAUGCCAUCAACGCCCGCCACGUGAGUGCCUAUGGACCUGGCCUGAGCCACGGCAUGGUCAACAAACCAGCCACCUUCACCAUUGUUACGAAGGAUGCUGGCGAAGGAGGCCUGUCUCUUGCUGUCGAGGGCCCAUCCAAGGCUGAGAUCACCUGCAAAGACAACAAAGAUGGCACCUGCACCGUCUCCUACCUGCCCACGGCACCCGGGGAUUACAACAUCAUUGUGCGCUUUGACGAUAAGCACAUCCCCGGCAGCCCCUUCACAGCCAAGAUCACAGGUGACGAUUCCAUGCGCACCUCCCAGCUGAACGUGGGCACCUCCACUGACGUGUCCCUGAAGAUCACCGAGAGCGACUUGAGCCUGCUGACAGCCAGCAUCCGGGCGCCGUCUGGCAACGAGGAGCCUUGCUUGCUCAAGCGCCUGCCCAACCGGCAUAUCGGGAUCUCAUUCACCCCCAAGGAGGUGGGAGAGCACAUUGUGAGCGUGAAGAAGAGCAGCAAACAUGUCACCAACAGCCCUUUCAAGAUCAUGGUGGGGCAGUCGGAGAUCGGAGAUGCCAGCAAGGUGAAAGUGUCGGGAAAGGGACUUGUGGAAGGCCGCACCUUCGAGGUGUCUGAGUUCAUUGUUGACACACGCACUGCAGGCUAUGGCGGUCUAGGCCUGUCCAUUGAAGGUCCCAGCAAGGUGGACAUAAAUUGCGAGGACAUGGAAGAUGGAACUUGCAAAGUAACCUACUGCCCCACUGAGCCCGGAAACUACAUCAUCAAUAUCAAGUUUGCCGACAAGCACGUACCAGGGAGCCCUUUCACUGUGAAGGUGACCGGCGAGGGACGCAUGAAGGAGAGCAUCACCCGCCGGCGCCAAGCGCCCUCCAUCGCCACCAUUGGCAGCACCUGUGAUUUGAACCUCAAGAUUCCAGGGAACUGGUUCCAGAUGGUGUCGGCUCAGGAGCGGCUGACGCGCACCUUCACGCGCAGCAGCCACACGUACACCCGCACUGAGCGGACGGAGAUCAGCAAGACUCGUGGCGGCGAGACCAAGCGCGAGGUGCGGGUGGAGGAGUCCACGCAAGUGGGCGGGGACCCCUUCCACAACGUCUUCGGCGACUUCCUCGGCCGCGAGAGCCUCGGCUCCUUCGGCAGCAUUGCCCGGACCCAGGAGGGUGUAAGUGAGGCGGGCUUACAGGCUAUGACCGCCCAAGUGACCAGCCCUUCGGGAAAGAUGGCCGAGGCAGAAAUCAUCGAGGGAGAAGACAGCGCCUACUCAGUCCGCUUCGUGCCUCAGGAGAUGGGCCCCCAUACUGUGAAUGUCAAGUACCGUGGCCAGCACGUGCCAGGCAGUCCCUUCCAGUUCACUGUGGGGCCGCUGGGCGAAGGAGGUGCCCACAAGGUGCGGGCUGGAGGCACUGGAUUGGAGAGGGGCGUGGCUGGAGUACCAGCUGAGUUCAGCAUCUGGACACGGGAGGCUGGUGCCGGUGGACUCUCCAUUGCAGUUGAGGGCCCAAGCAAGGCGGAGAUUGCCUUUGAGGACCGGAAAGACGGCUCCUGUGGAGUCUCCUACAUCGUCCAGGAAGCAGGUGACUACGAGGUGUCCAUCAAAUUCAACGAUGAACACAUCCCUGACAGCCCCUUCGUGGUCCCCGUGGCUUCGCUCUCGGACGAUGCUCACCGCCUGACAGUCACCAGCCUCCAGGAGACGGGCUUGAAGGUGAACCAGCCGGCCUCCUUUGCGGUGCAGCUCAACGGGGCGCGGGGCGUGAUCGACGCCAAGGUUCACACCCCUUCAGGUCUGGUGGAGGAGUGCUACGUCUCUGAGCUGGACAGCGACAAAUAUGCCAUCCGCUUCAUCCCUCAUGAGAACGGCGUCCACUCCAUCGACGUCAGGUUCAACGGCAGACACAUCCCCGGCAGCCCUUUCAAGAUCCGUGUUGGGGAGCAGAGCCAGGCUGGCGACCCGGGCCUCGUCACGGCCUACGGACCAGGGCUGGAGGGCGGAACCACAGGCGUCUCCUCGGAGUUCUUUGUCAAGACGCGGAACACCGGCUCCGGCGCUCUCUCUGUCACCAUCGACGGGCCCUCCAAGGUGCAGAUGGACUGCCAGGAGUAUCCCGAAGGCCACAAAGUCACCUACAUGCCUAUGGCACCCGGAAACUACCUCAUCUCCAUCAAGUAUGGAGGACCCCAGCACAUUGUGGGCAGCCCCUUCAAGGCCAAGGUCACAGGGCCCCGUCUGUCCGGCGGGCACAGCCUCCACGAGACGUCAACUGUGCUGGUGGAGACGGUCACCAAGGCCUCCUCUUCCGUGGGCAGCAGCUACAGUGCCAUGCCCAAAUUCUCAUCAGAUGCCAGCAAGGUGGUGGCCAGAGGGCCCGGGCUCACCAAGGCCUUUGUGGGCCAGAAAAACACCUUCACUGUGGAUUGUAGCAAGGCAGGUACCAACAUGCUGAUGGUGGGCGUUCACGGACCCAAGACUCCCUGCGAGGAGGUUUAUGUUAAGCAUAUGGGCAAUCGGGUGUACAACGUAACCUACACCGUCAAGGAGAAAGGAGACUACAUCCUCAUUGUGAAAUGGGGGGAUGAGAGUGUCCCUGGGAGCCCCUACCAAGUCAACGUGCCCUAGGGGGCUUGCGGAGGUCACCCCCUUUGGCCCCGCCCUGCACCUCCAAACCAAGGACCGGUCGUCACUAACUAUCUGUGUUGCCCCAGGGCGGGGCAAGUGUGAAGAACCUUGGGACACUUAUUUUUUGCCUGUUUGGACUUUGCCUUUUAACUAUUUCUCCCGGCUAAGGGAUCGGGAGGGGGGAGGGGAGGCGGAUGUGUACCGUUGUGGCUGGUAAGGACUGGGUUCACAGUGAGGCCCAGGGAGAGAAAAAAGAAAGGGGCUGAAACCGAAUCUCAGGAGGAAGUGAUGAUAUGGGAAAGGAAGUCGUUCUGUGAACAGGAAGUGGAUGCCCUCUAGUGGUGGAAGCGAGGAGGGCGUGGGACGCAGGCUGCGUUAGUUAUGAUGGAAACCCAGCUCCAGCGCCAUCACCAGUGAGUGGGGACUGAGGCACAGUGCAAAUCAAUACAGGUUGGCCCAGUCUUGUCCCUCUUUAGUUUUAGGACAUCAGGUUGGCUUUGAGGAAGGAUAAAUCCAUUGGAGCAGAGGAGGAUUUGGAGCAGGAAGGGAUGAGGAAGAAGCAAAGAGCAGAGUCCGGAGAUGUUUAGAGCUUCUGUGAACUAUAAGGACCCUGCCCACAAGUGGAGGGCAAGGAUCACGUGAAACGAUGCUGCUGAGUGAGUCGUUUCCAGGAAGCAUAGGUCCUGCGUGUGAACUCGGAGCAAAGGCACAAGCGCCUUAGAAGGUCCCCUGCAGAAGCCCCACCCAAAUGCCGGGGAGCUCUGCAAGAGGACGCAACGCCCAAAGAGUUACGUUUUACGAACAUCGUGAGGGGCGAUACGUAGCUUCUCCCAUGAUCUCUGCCCUUUCUUCAUCGGCCAUCACUGUGAAGGCAGACAGCCCAAACUGGAGAGAAUUUUUUUUAAAAAAAUGGAAGAAGGAAAAAAACCAAAAAUACCUGGGGGAGGGGGGGAGUAAAAAUCCAGGCCUGUGAGGGGAGGAUGUUUGUCACUGAAUUCCCCCCCUGUGGGAGGGGGGAGGGACAUUUUUUAGCGAAGUGUUUUGUGGUUGCGUGUGUCCUACAGGGCUGGAAUGGCACCUCCACCAGCCAAUAGUAGUCAAGGCAGAGCAGAGAGCUGCCCCCAGCAAUAAAGGUUACUUGCUAUUAA